AUGGCCACCUUUGACCCGCCCUCGGUUGCCCUGGCAACGGGGGCUCCAAGUUUCCGAAUGGAAACCGUUGGCUCGCUCGCUCGCUCGCCGCCGCCCUCCUUUCGCAGAAGUCAACCAACCAAGGAGCCAUUUGUUGAGAUUGAUGAUGGCAAUGCUGAAGAUCACAGGGAACAAAACAUACGUGCUUAUAUUCUUAAGAAGAUUUCUCCAUAUGUGAUGUCUUUUGGAUUCAGAUUAUUUGGCGUUGUGCUUAUUUUUGUGGACAUUCUACUUGUGAUUCUAUCUCUAGUGGUGGAUGACCCAAAUGAGAUCAUUGAAAGCAUCUCUCUGGCUAUAGCACUCUUCUUCUUCAUAGAUGUUCUCUUGCUAGUUUAUAUUGAAGGCUUCAAGAAUUAUUUCGCAUCCAAGCUAAAUAUUCUGGAUUCUGUUGUUGUUGUAGGCACACUGAUGAUAAAUAUAAUAUAUUAUGUGACUGACGUAGGUGGAGUCGGCCAAUUUCCAAGAAUAGUGGUUAUCUUCCGAUCCUUGAGGAUUAUAAUUCUGAUAAGAAUAUUUCGUUUGGCUUCUGAGAAAAGACAACUUGAAAAAGCAUCCCGGAGGAUGGUUUCAGAAAACAAAAGACGUUAUCUAAAAGAUGGCUUUGAUUUGGAUCUCACUUACAUCACUGCUCGUGUUAUAGCAAUGUCCUUUCCGUCUUCUGGGCAGCAGUCUUUCUACAGGAAUCCUAUAUUGGAAGUUGUAAGGUUCUUGGAUACAAAACAUGAAGACCACUAUAAAGUCUAUAACCUUUGCAGUGAACAGGGCUAUGAUCCACUGUAUUUCCAUUACAGGGUGGAGCGGUUCUUCAUCGAUGACCACAAUGUUCCUGCUCUAGAGGAGAUGCUCAGGUUUACUGCUAAUGUGAGGGAAUGGAUGAAUCAAGACCCCAAGAACAUUAUAGUGAUACACUGCAAAGGAGGGAAAGGUAGGACCGGGACUAUGGUUUGCACCUGGCUUAUUGACAGCAACCAGUUUGAGAGCGCACAGGAAAGCUUGGAUUACUUUGGUGAGAGGAGAACAGACAAAAGCACCAGCUCCAAGUUUCAGGGUGUUGAAACACCAUCCCAGAGCAGAUAUGUGGGGUAUUAUGAAAUCUUGAAAAACAAGUAUGACUUGAAACUUCCACCGAAAAGACCCCUCAGAAUCAAAAGCAUCAAAAUCAUGGCUAUCUAUGGAGUCGGGAAAGGCAACGGGUCUGAUUUUAGAGUGCAGAUCCUGAUGGAGAAGAAAGUGGUCUUCUACUGUGUUUGCGCUACCCAGGAGAACUGCAAGUUGUUCUUCGAUGGAGAACAUGACUGUGUAGUCAUUGGUUUGGAAGGCUGCCCUGUCAUUUGCAAUGAUGUGAAAGUCCGAUUUGAGUCUACUUCUGAUCUUCCAAAAGGCUACGAUGACUGUGCUUUCUUCUUUUGGUUCAACACCUCUUUUAUAGAAGAUUACAGACUUUACCUUGGUAGGAACGAACUGGACAACAUACACAAGCAAAAGAUGGGGAAGAUUUACAGGGAAAACUUUGCCGUGGAGUUGAAUUUCACAGAACCAUAACCCUCAGUGAGAAGUG